CCUCGAUGUGUAUUGAACUUUGUACGCUGUGGUCCUAUAAGUAACUGAAUCAUGGCUUCUCUGAGUUUUCUCCGACGCAAUGGUGGUUUCGGACUACAGAAGGGAAUUAUUUCUGCUGGAGUCACUGCUUUGAGAGCAAAACUUAGUACAGAAGCAUCAGCCAUCAAGUUGGAGGCAUCGUCAUUUAACUCUGGCCUUUCAUUUGAACUUUCUGAAGAGUUACAGCAACUUCAAGAAAUGGCAAGGAAGUUCUCUCGUGAAGAAAUUGUACCAGUUGCUGCCCAUCAUGAUCAGACUGGCGAGUAUCCUUGGGAUAUUAUCAAGAAAGCUCAUGCAUUGGGGCUGAUAAAUGGUCAUAUUCCAGAAGAAUAUGGGGGUCCUGCUCUGGGUGUUCUUGAUGGUUGUGUGAUAACAGAAGAGCUAUCAUAUGGUUGUUCUGGAAUUCAAACCGCUAUCGAAGCAAAUUCUUUGGCAGAAAUGCCUGUCAUCCUAGCUGGAAAUAAGGAACAAAAAAAGAAAUACCUGGGUCGUAUGAUAGAAGAACCUCUUAUGGCUGCAUAUUGUGUGUCUGAGCCUGGUGCAGGAUCUGAUGUGGCCUCAAUUGGCACCAAAGCUGUGAAGAAAGGAGAUGAAUAUGUGAUUAAUGGUCAGAAGAUGUGGAUUACAAAUGGAGGUGUUGCCAAUUGGUAUUUUGUUUUGGCACGAACUGACGCAAAUGCCGGAGCUGGUAAAGCAUUCACAGGGUUUAUUGUGGAAAGAGACUCUCCUGGAGUAACUGUAGGAAGAAAGGAAUGGAACAUGGGUCAGAAAGCCUCUGAUACUCGUGGGAUUACAUUUGAAGAUGUUGUUGUUCCUAAGGAGAACGUUCUUGGCGGAGAAGGUAUUGGUUUCAAGAUUGCCAUGGGAGCUUUCGAUAAGACACGCCCUCCGGUCGCUUCUAGUGCUGUAGGUCUUGCGCAGCGAGCCAUGGAAGAGGCUCUAAAAUACUCACUGGAACGGAAAACUAUGGGCAGACCCAUCGCUCAGCAUCAAGCUGUAAACUUCAUGUUAGCUGACAUGGCCAUUGGUAUCGAAACAGCUCGACUGGCAACGCGGCGAGCAGCUUGGGAAGUAGACCAGGGCCGCCGUAACACGUACUACGCCUCCGUUGCAAAGUGUUUAGCAGGAGAUGUUGCUAACAAAUGUGCUGCAGAUGCCGUUCAGAUUUUUGGUGGUGCUGGAUUUAACACCGAGUAUCCUGUUGAAAAGCUGAUGAGAGAUGCUAAAAUCUUCCAGAUUUAUGAAGGCACAGCGCAGAUUCAAAGAUUGAUCAUCGGUCGAGAACUUAUUGAGAAGGCUAAGAUGAAUGCAUUGUAGAAAGGAGUUCUUUCUUUGACAACCGCCACAAUUAUUUGUUCAAGCGAACGAGACAGACUCAUGUUCAGUUCAUCAUCAUCAUUUGAAGUGUUUUUUUUUCUUUCUCUGAGGCGUAAAUUUUCAUUUUAUUACCCAGUGCUCUCCUUUUUUGAAACUUAUUUUAAAACUACCAGUCGUCAGUCAAGAAGAGUGGUUUAGUGUAUGUAGUUUGACGUUUAUUUCCUUAACAGCUGAGAAGCAAACACGGUAACAGAUUCAAUGCUUUUGUUUCAAGUGCAUAACGUUAAUUUUAAUUGUUAAGACUGACUAUCUUUUUGUGUACUACUGUUAUUUCAGGCUUCCCAGAAUUUCACUCAAUAUAACCUUUUUGAUCGCUGAAAACGAGCAACAUAAACUAUUUAAUUACCUUUGUAUAUUACUUUUGAAAGCGGAAACGGCCGCUACAGCCUCCUUAUUAAUGAAACUAGUUUUCCGAGUGAUAAUCAUUGUAAAUAGUAACUGAAGACCCUCGUAAGAAUCACUUUUCAUUCAAGAGGUUGUUUACGUUUCUCAUAGGUGUAGACAUUUGCUGUAAGGUCCUCAUUAAGUUCAGCCUUUUUAAGUUUGUAGAUCAUUGAGGGUAACGUCGUGAGUUCAAAUAAACUUCAAAAACUAUGUUAGA